GAACGACAAACCACUCUCCAAAAGCGUCUUCGACUUUCUCAAACAACCAUCGACUCUUGUCUGGCGAUCAACCCAUCUCCCCUCCUCCUGAGUCUGUUCGAUCUCAUCCCUCCGUUCGUGUCUCUUUCAUCGUCCCGCCCGCAUCUGACUUCCCCCUCCGCCACUUUCGGGGUUCCGGGGGUGGCUUUAUCUAUCUCUCUGCCGCCGUCGUUACUGUAUGGCGACCACAGCGUCCUUCUGCUAGGGAUCAUUUCAAAUCGCGUCUUUCUGCAAGAUCCAUCAUGUCAGAAGCCAGCUCAGUCACCUCUGCUACGGGCUCCAACGCCCCCGAGAAAGCCGCCGAUGACUCCUCGAAGCUCAAGACGUUCCUUUCCAUCCUCCGCAAGUUUAUCGGCGUGGCCGACAUUGCCUCUGUUCGCUUCUCGCUGCCAGCCCAGCUGAUGGAACCGAUUCCCAACCUUGAGUAUUGGAACUAUCUGGAUAGGCCGGAGACCUUUGUCAGCAUCGGAAAAUCGGAUGAACCUCUUGGUCGAAUGCUUGAAGUAUUACGGUUCUGGUUCACCAAGGAUCUGAAAUACAUUAAGGGGAAACCAUGCAAGCCCUACAAUUCCACGCUUGGCGAGUUUUUUAGGUGUAAUUGGGAAACAGAAGAUACGGCGGGCCCCGUCAUCACCUCCUCCAAGACCGAUAAGACUAAUGGCGCUACCACCGUCAAGGACGACAAGGGAGAGCGCGUCACAGUGUCCUACUUGACCGAACAGACGUCUCAUCAUCCCCCGGUGUCUGCCUUCUAUGUCGACUGCCCCGAGCGCGGUGUGACCGCCCGCGGUUUUGACCAGAUCAGCGCCAAAUUCACCGGCACCAGCAUCCGUGUUGCACCCGGGCAGCACAACCUGGGCAUUUUCGUCAACCUGUCCAAAUGGGACGACGAAGAGUAUCAGCUGACUCACCCAGCUGCUCAUCUCGGCGGCUUGUUGCGCGGUUCGCUGUCGAUCAGCGUGUCGGAUACCUGCUUUAUAACAUGCCCUAAGACCCGGAUAAAGGCAAUCCUGCAGUACCUAGAAGAUGGAUGGGUGAGCCGGGCUCAGAAUAGAGUCGAGGGUAUCAUAUUCCGCUACGACCCGGAUAACGACAACAAGACCAGGAUCAAGGACGUCCCUGAGGGUGAUGUUCUGGCAAGGAUCACCGGUUGUUGGCACGACCGGAUAUACUACACUCUUCCCGGUUCCACCGAACAAAUCCUUCUGAUAGACGUUUCCCCUCUCUUCCCCGCCUCCAAGAUUGUCCCUCCCGAGCCAGAGCAGCUCCCGAACGAGUCACGCAAGCUAUGGUCAGGCGUCACUGCCGCCAUCCUCGAGAAGCGGUAUAGUGAAGCCACCAAGUUUAAACAAGACCUCGAAGAACGCCAGCGUCAGAAAGCCGCCGAGCGCAAAGAAAAGAACGAGGAAUGGACUCCACGGUUUUUCACCGGCGCCGUUACUCCUCUGGGAAAGCCAGAAUUGACAGAAGAGGGGAAGAAAGCCCUCAAGGGCCUCCAUGAACACAAUUACAAACUGGAAGAAAGCAAGGUAACAGGCGUAUAGACGGCUUGAAUCGAAUUCAUAUACGGUAAAUCAUAAAUCGAGUGUACAUGCCAGGACUCGACCUCUUUGUUUUUGUUUCCUUUCCCUAUCUUCCUCUCUCUCUUCACCACAACAAAUACGGCGAAAUGUGAAUGCAGUUUGAUUCCGGGAAAAAUCUACAUAAUUCGGCCCCGUCCUAUCCUACC